CUAAACGAUGAAGAGAUUGUGUAGGAAUUUGUUGAUGACAUUCUUAGUUGUUCAAUGCAAAUGUUCUAAAAUUCAUGCUCUACUUCGACAUAAUGUUACCGUGGGUGUACACGGUGCGGUGUACUAUUCAAAAGUAUGUUUCUGUUACGCUAAAAAAUGCAAUUGAACAGUCAAUAGAAAUUCACUUAUAUUGUUUACGCACCAAAAUACGGAAGGCUUGCCAUGGUAUACCCUAACUAUAUUAUAUAAAAAAGUAGGUGUCCAACAAAACGAGAAGCAUAUGGUAUUGCAAAUGGUAGAGACGGCAAUUUCGGCGUUAAAUACAUUUACAUUUUUUAACAUUUUUAUGAAAUGGACAAGCUCUAGUGAGCACAUUUCCUUCCUAUUCCAAAUAAAAUAAUCAUGCACCGUUCAGUACUCGCUGGACAUGAUGGAUUCGAUAAUGCUUUGUUACGCAUUUCACCAUUAUGUGCUGGACUGAGUGUUGUAAAGUGAAAUUGUUAUUCUCCGCAAAUUGUUUUAGAAUAAUUCUUACCGAGGGUUCAGGUUCAGUUGUGAACAGAGCUGAAUGAAGAGUUAAAGACUGUUAAAACAUUCCACGUAGAUUAGUGCUGCAAAAAGUUUCUUUUUUCUAAAUUGUAAAAUUAUGUGAGAGAAGUGAAAAAGAAAACAUUGUAAACGAUGCGGUUCAAUAGCAUUUUCAACCACAAAUGCUUGCUUGGACUUACAAACCUACUAUUUUCGGCAUGUGGUGUUACAUUGUUACUCUCAGGAUUUUAUCUUCUAAUGGAUAAACAGCGAGUUCUUCUUUCUCGCCUAUUGUUAAUCGGUAAUGACAAUUUGGACUUACCCGAACCACUCUUCUACUACAUAGCAAUGGGACUGACUAUUGGAGGGGUGACGGCUUUAAUUGCAUCGUUGAUAGGAUGGUGGGCAGCGUGCUUGAACACAUACUGUCUCUUGAGCAUUUACUUUUUAAUCGUUCUCAUUUUACUAAUCGCUGAGUUCGGAAUAUGUUUGACUAUAACUAUGUGGCCACAAUGUUUGGGUUUGAACUUAGAUGAGACUGUUAUGGUCAAAGCUUUACAGGGUACAUACGGAGUUCCUGGUAAAGAACAGUUAACUGCUGCCAUGGACCUGGCCCAAACGGUUUUCAACUGUUGCGCCAUGAAUAAUAACAUAAAUUACGACACAUCACUGUGGCGUUUACAAGAGUAUGGACAGAGAGAUUGGGUUGUUCCGUUGACAUGCUGUCAUUUAUUAAAUCGCCAUGAGAGUGGUUCGUAUCUAGAUCCGAUACCGAUUAAUUUAACCAUUUGUCAGUCAUUGGAGCGACAUGAGUAUGACAAAAGUCGUCACACAGAGGGAUGUCUUGAUAAAAUUGACCUGUGGUAUCGCCAGCAAUAUUUCUCAUUCUUGUGCGCAGCGUUGAUUGUGGCGAUCGUGGAGUUUGUCGUUUUGUUGAGCGUAAUCUUAAGUUGUACGAAAAUUUCGAAUGGUAAAAAUGCCAUCAAACCACAACAUCCACCGAAUCAUUCCAAAUUACCCGAAAAUAUUUACAUGGAAACCGAACAGAAUUCAAACUCGAAUUCCGUUCCAUCCAAUAUGGAGAUACGAGAUCAUUACAUUCAGCCGCCCGAUUUCUAUUCGAGUAAAAGUAAUUCGUCAUUCAAACCGGUGUCAAAGUAUCAGUACCACAUAUCGAAAAGUUAUUUGGUUUGACGAAAUUGAGGAUGGUCGGGCAGUUGCCUG